UCCAUGGCCAAGUUCUAUGAUGAGAUACCUAAAUCUCUCAUCGAAUGGAUCAAUAACCAACACAUGUUUUGGGUGGCUUCGGCUCUCCUGAGUCCUGAUGGUCAUGUAAAUCUUUCCGCCAAGGGCACAGCAGAUAGUUUCCAUGUCGUGAACUCUCACCGAGUUUGGUAUCAAGAUUUGACCAAGAGCGGUGAGUACCGAUCAAUUUUCGUGCUAAAUGGUCGCAUAACGAUCCUGUUCAAUGCCUUUGAGGGACCUCCCAGGAUUUUGAGAUUGUUUGGAAUAGGAACUGUAUACGAAUGUGGCACAGAAGAAUACGAAUCUCUUAUUUCUCCUGAGAUUAGGAAGCCAGGCUCUCGUGCAGUCAUCGCUAUCGAUGUGUAUCAGUGUCAAACGUCAUGUGGAUAUGCUGUUCCACUCUAUGACUUCGUUGCCCGUCGCACCGAACUCCUCCGAGUGGCUAAUACGGAAGAGUCAACUGACCGCGCUUCAGACCCAGAGACCCGUCAAAAAGGUCUCGAAGCAUAUUCGGCACGACAGAACUUGAGAAGUGUGAAUGACCUGCCUGGUCUAUUCACAACGCCUGAUUCCAAAGUAACAUUUUAACAAGGUCAAAGACCGGAGAUGCGACAUUCAUCUUCGAGAGUGGCAAGCUCCCAGGUGCCCUUGACAUUAUUGAACCUACUAGACUGAUUGCUUCAAUAUCAUGAAUUCCUCUCGUAUCAGGAAAUAUUGAAUAAUAACUUUUCAUCUU